AAGUGGGAGUAGUGGAGUAGGGCUCUGGAUUGUGAUAUUGUUUAAUAGAUGGAGGUCUCAAGUUUCUCAGUGGAGCUGUCGACCCCUCAUGGUGAAUUUACAUCUCUUGAUGAUCAGCUUGGGUUUUCAGGCAACUUUUUCAGCCUCUAGGUGUGAAAGCUGCUGCUCGGGAGGUCGGAAUAUGCUCAUCCUCAGUGGCUUUGUAGCCACAUCGUUCGCUCAGUUGUGCUCUCUAGGAACCUUGCUCCCUGCUCCUGGGGAAAAAGAGGAUGAAGAGAGGUUUGGGGGAAGCCUUGAGCAUGGAAGGACAACUGAACUUUGACAUCCACAACCUUUGUCCACGGUGGGACAGAGGCAGCAUGGGCUGAAGUAACGUUUAACCCUGCUGACGUCAAGUCUGUUGUGUGUUUUGGUGUGCACGGGUGCUGUUUGGAGAGGGAUUCCUUUUUAUCCAUGGCCAGGCAGUGUUUUCAAGCGUGCCAAGAAGAUCCAAACAUUCCUAGAUUGCUGCUUCGAAGGUCCUGUGGUGCAGGCAAGGUCGCAGCGUUCAGCUCAGUGUGUCUGAGUUCAUUUCACUGCUGCUUUCAAGGUAUUUUGGAGGCGAGUAGCUGCAUCUCUCCUAAUAUCCAGGUGCAUGCCUCAUCCCAGGCACUCGGCUCUUGCUGGCAGCAAUUUCCAUGCAGUUUAGAUGCUUCUGCGUAGCGCUAAGUAAUUGUGUGUUCUGAUUUAUGGCUGUGGUGGAGAGCCCACUCUGAGUAAUUUCUUUAGACAAUACACCGAUUGCUUCACUAAGGCAAUGGAAAUGCCGUAUCCUUGUUUUUCCCUCAACAGGUAAAAUAACUCUUCCUUCAGGUGCCUGUUUUGCCGAUUGCCCAUCUCUCAGCACUCCCAGCAAUCGCGACACCUUGUUCUUCAUGAACACAAUAUUAAUUAUGAUCAUGGUCUUGCUAAUUACUUCAUCCCCCAGUGUCUUUUUGCCUCCAACAUCUUCUUUGCUAAUACCUGCCUGAAUUGAGAGAGCCGUUUGUCAGCAGGAUUUGCUGUGUUUGUUUUUCAUGUGAUGAUCGAGUUGCCUUUAUGUCCUUAAUUUCCAAUUCUUUUUUCCUACUGAUCCGAGCCGUCGGAGCUCAGCUGGGACACGUGCAGUUGGGUGUCUGCAAUCUGUUGAUCAAGUAGCUGAUAAGAGCUUUAAGGCAAAGGUCCUGAAGUUCCUGGGACCUAUUUUUGCCGGUGGAAAUUAUCAUCUGAAAUGAAAUUGUGCCUACAGGCUCCAUCCUUAUGGAUGUGCGUACGGAAACUGGCACCUGCGGCUUCUUUCUGUGGAUGCAGAGGAGAGCUUGGACACUUUGUCCAAAGCCUGUUUGUUUCUUAGGACACACAUUGUGUCAUGGCUUGAUCUCAUAGUUCACAGGGCUGUUGCUUUUCAAGGAAAACGUGUUGCUCCUAGAAUUUCUUACUUCUUUCUGGAAUAGGCUUGGGAAUUCUUGCAGGUCCUGGUGUUGCGAGGUGCUUUGUGCCCUGGCUCGCAUGAUUAAGGGCUUGUGGAGCCAUGUCCUUAACAGACAGAAAUAAUGCAACAGCUGAGUGCCCGUUAUGGGUUUGUCGUGUGUUUUCUUGUCUGUGGGUCCCACAGAAAGGUGCUGAAAGCAUGAGUUGCUCUAAAUAAGGGUGUUACGUCCUGGUUCUGGCCUCUGCAUAGGAACAGAUAAGCCCUGGGCUGGUUUAUCUUCUUGGGGAAAUUUUGCAUUUGUUUUUCUUUUCUCCUCUCUGUCUUGUUUCAGCCCCAGCCUUUUUCUUCCCCUAAGUCAUGUUCCUGUCUCUGACACUGCCCUUCUUGCUUGCGAUACUCACUUGGCUUCCUCUCUGCUUUCCCUCUCCGCUGCCUCCCUUCUCUGCCCUCAGAUCUCCAGGCUCCUGCCAUCGCUGCUCCAUCCUCGCCCAGCUUCCCUCGCUGGCUCCAGGCGUUUGCUCUGCUCUUCCUUGGGCACCUCCUUCGUGUCAGGAGCUGACGCUCGAAUAGUUAUCUGAAUUUGGAUAAGCAGUUUGUGAGGGCAGAGCUGGCUCGGGCUCCGAUCAAACUCCAUCGCACAGCUCCUGGGGCAAUCCAGAAGCUGUCUUGCUGCUUUCCUGCUGGUACCCUUUUGACCUUCCAUGCAGAACCGGCUCAGGUGCCUGAACAUGGAUUGUGGCUCCGGAGGGGCUAAUGCUGAGCCAGAGCUACGUCUUUGGACCGCAGCGAUGAGGAAGCCUCGGAGGAAGUCCCGGCAGAGCUUGGAGGGGAGGCGUUCUCCCUCACCUUACAGCCUCAAGUGCUCGCCAACACGGGAGACGCUGACUUAUGCUCAGGCCCAGCGGAUCGUGGAGGUGGACAUUGAUGGUCGGCUUCAUCGCAUCAGCAUCUAUGAUCCCUUAAAAAUCAUCACAGAGGAUGAGCUGACUGCCCAGGACAUCACAGAGUGCAACAGCAACAAGGAAAACAGUGAGCAGCCCCUUUUCUCUUCCAAAUCUAAGAAAACACCUUCCAAAAGCAAGAAGAAGGAGUCCUGCUCCAAACAUGCCCCAGGGACGUCUUUACACUUACCACAGCCCAACUUCCGUGUGGUGGAUUCCUUCAGCCAGCCAGAAGCUCCUCCUCUCCCUGCUGCCUACUACCGGUACAUCGAAAAGCCUCCUGAGGACCUUGAAGUAGAAGUGGAGUAUGACAUGGAUGAGGAGGAUCUGGCAUGGCUGGAAAUGGUCAACGAGAAGAGGAGGGACGAUGGUUAUGGGACAAUUUCUGCUGACACUUUUGAGCUGCUGUUGGAUCGGUUGGAAAAGGAGUCGUACCUUGAGAGCCGAAACAGCGGGGCUCAGCAGUCCCUCAUUGAUGAGGAUGCCUUCUGCUGCGUCUGCAUGGAUGAUGAGUGUCACAACAGCAAUGUCAUCCUGUUCUGCGAUAUCUGCAAUCUGGCUGUGCACCAGGAGUGUUACGGCGUGCCCUAUAUCCCUGAGGGGCAGUGGCUUUGCCGCUGCUGCUUACAGUCCCCUUCCCGCCCUGUGGACUGUGUCCUUUGCCCAAACAAAGGUGGAGCCUUCAAGCAGACCAGCGAUGGCCGCUGGGCUCACGUGGUUUGUGCCAUCUGGAUCCCAGAGGUCUGCUUUGCAAACACUGUGUUCCUGGAGCCCAUUGAAGGGAUAAAUAACAUCCCGCCAGCUCGGUGGAAGCUCACGUGCUAUAUCUGCAAGCAGAAGGGCAUGGGAGCUGCUAUCCAAUGUCACAAGGUGAACUGUUACACUGCCUUCCACGUCACCUGUGCCCAGCGGGCUGGCCUCUUCAUGAAGAUUGAACCCAUGAGGGAGACCAGCAUCAAUGGCACGACGUUCACCGUGCGCAAGACUGCCUAUUGUGGGAGUCAUUCUCCUCCAGGGACGAUGAAAAAAGGGUCUUCAGCUGCCAGCAGCAAGGGGCAGGAGGAUGCUGGGAAGGAGGAAGGAGAGGAGGAGGUCAAUUCUGGCCCUCCCAAAGGGUCUCUGAAAAAGAACCAGAUGAAAUUGAAGCAGAAGAUCAAAAAGGAGCCUGGUGAUGUGACCAACGAGCGCUCGUCUGUGCCCAUGGUGACAGUCACACAGAUCCCCUCUUACAGGCUGAACAAAAUCUGCAGUGGCCUCUCCCUCCAGAGGAAGAACCAGUUCAUGCAGAGGCUCCACAACUACUGGCUGCUUAAGCGGCAGGCGAGGAACGGGGUGCCCCUCAUCCGGCGCCUGCACUCACACCUCCAGUCCCAGAGGAACGCGGAACAGAAGGAGCAGGAUGAGAAGACCAGUGCAGUGAAGGAAGAGCUGAAGUACUGGCAAAAACUGCGGCAUGACUUGGAACGAGCACGGCUGCUCAUCGAGCUGAUCCGUAAGAGGGAAAAACUCAAACGGGAGCAGGUCAAGGUUCAGCAGGCUGCUAUGGAGCUACAGCUGACCCCUUUCAACGUCCUCCUGCGCACAACACUGGACCUGCUGCAGGAGAAGGAUGCUGCCCAGAUCUUCACAGAGCCGGUUAACCUGAACGAGGUUCCAGAUUACCUGGAAUUCAUUUCCAACCCAAUGGAUUUUUCCACCAUGAGGCGGAAGCUGGAGUCCCACCUGUACCGAACGUUGGAUGAGUUUGAGGAAGACUUUAACCUUAUAGUUACCAACUGCAUGAGGUAUAAUGCUAAAGACACGAUUUUCCACCGAGCAGCUGUCCGGCUCAGAGACCUCGGAGGAGCGAUAUUGCGUCAUGCACGGCGGCAAGCUGAAAACAUCGGCUUUGACACUGAUAUGGGGAUUCACCUGCCCGAGUCACCCAAAACUGAGGACUUUUACCGCUUUUCUUGGGAGGAUGUGGAUAACAUCCUUCUCCCGGAGAACCGUGCUCACCUCUCCUUGGAGGCUCAGCUGAAGGAGCUGCUGGAGAAGCUAGAUAUGGUGAGCACCAUGCGGUCCAGCGGUGCCCGGACACGACGCAUCCGACUCCUGAGACGGGAGAUCAACUCCAUCCGGCAGAAACUGGCCCAGCAGCAGAACAAGACCAUGCCCAAUGGGGAGCCUGAGCCACAGGAAGAGAGGCUGGAUAGAACAUCAAGGGACGGGGAUGAGGGAGGGGAGAAAGCAGACGAUGCCAAGCCCCCGCACCCUCCCACCCUGGAGCCCACAGGACCCGCACCCUCCCUCUCUGAGCGGGACUCUCUGCAGGACCCUCCAACGCUCAAACCCAUCAAUGAAAGCAAGUCCUUGAACCAGCUGCAGAAGAAGGUGAUGUCAGACAGGGAACUCUUCGACAAGAAGGCACUGCAGCGGGAGAGCCAAGCCUUCCAGCGCCUGCUUAGCGACAACGGCUUGAACGGACUGGCUUUGCCGCCUGCAGACAGCCCUGGCAGCCCCCCUUUCAGCGGCGUGGGCCGACGGACAUCUGUCCUGUUUAAAAAAGCUAAGAAUGGGGUGAAGCUGCAAAGAGGCCUGGACUGCUCCCUGGAGAACGGGGAGGACCAUGGGCAGAGCGGGCAGCUUUCACCCUCCCGCCCUGAUGGGGAGCGACAAACUCGGAAGCGGCCACAGAGCAGGACCUGCAGCGAGAGCGAUGGAGAGAAGUCACCGAGGCAGGCAGGACAGAGAGCAGGAGUGACUAACGGCUUUGCCAAGCAUACGGAAAGCGGCUCAGACUCCGAGUGCAACUCUGGCCGGGGUGGUGGACUGGUGUUUGAAACCCCGAGUGGUUUGGUGCCUCCCAAGCGAAGCCGAGGGAAGCCGGCUCUUUCUCGGGUGCCCUUCUUGGAAGGCGUGAAUAGAGACUCUGAUUACAGCAGCUCAGGCAGGACUCUCCUGAUGGCCUUUGAGAACCAGGCCGAGCUGGAGCCCUUGGAGCUCGUGUGGGCCAAGUGCCGUGGCUAUCCCUCCUACCCUGCCUUGAUAAUCGAUCCCAAGAUGCCGCGAGAGGGCUUGCUCCACAAUGGAGUCCCCAUCCCAGUCCCACCCACUGAUGUGUUGAAGCUGGGGGAGCAAAGGCAGAUGGAGGCAGGAGAAAAGCUCUUUCUUGUCCUUUUCUUUGACAACAAGCGAACCUGGCAGUGGCUUCCUCGUGACAAAGUCUAUCCCCUCGGUGUGGAUGACACAGUGGACAAGUUAAAGAUGCUGGAAGGCAGGAAAACCAGCAUCCGCAAGUCUGUGCAGGUGGCAUACGACCGAGCCAUGAUCCACCUGAGCCGCGUGCGGGGCGAUCAUCCCUUCGUUACGUCCAAUUAUCUGUAAGGGGCUGGGGUGGCCGAUUGUCCUUUUCCUCCAGACCUGGCACUCGCUGUGUCGGCAGAGCAGACCGUCUCGCACCCCAACUGGCCGGGAGACGCCGUUCCCAGCAGCUGUCAGCACUCCUCGAAGUACCCUGGAAUGUGCCAAAAAGCCUGCCCGGCUUCUUUCUGAAUGUGUGUCGCCGAAGAGCUGGCAGGAGAUGAAAUGUAUAGUCUACAGGGUGAGGAGAAAGGUAGUUGGGAAAUCUUCUGGGUGACGAGAGCCGAGGAUGCAGUGGGCAGAGCGCUCGGAUGUUCGGACCUCAUGCUCCCUCCCUCACCCCUGCAUCCCCCGUGCGACCGUUUUGAAGUCAUCAGCCGGCCCCGAGUAGUUCCCGGGGACGCGUCACUGCUGUAACUGAACCAGGAUCCUUUAUGGAAAUCCCAACUGGACUUUCUUGUGCCAAAUUUACCCUGACCAUCAUUGGCCUUUGCAUUUUUUUAAAUGACAUUGAUUGUCCCAUCACAUUAAAAAAAAAAAAACAAUCAUAGCUGGGAGAUCGUGUUCCGAUUUUCCUGCCUGUGUCCGGAGUGUUUUCAUGUUGGAUUUCUCUCGUUGCAUUUUGCGAAGCUUGAGAUAUUUUGGUAACCUUCCCCUCUGCUGCACACACAUGCACAGAGCUUUAAAUAGAAAAAGCAAAUUACCUGGUUUUUGCGUGUGUGUGUGUAUGUGUAUGUCCUAGAAAUUUCUUUGAUAGUUUCACAUCUGAAUUCUGAUUUCUGUGACCGUGCUUGUUCCAGGAGCAUUUCAUAUCAUAGUGUAGGACUGAAGCUAAGCAACGAAAACUUCCUUUUUUUUAAGAAGCAAAGCUAAUUUUGGAGGUGUCUAAUGAGCCAGAGCGGCUUUGCAGGCACUGAGGUUGAUCAGGGUUGCCGGGAGAUACAUCUUUUGUGUUGGUUUAUGCACAUUUGGUGUAAGGCUCCUUCCUUUUUUCCCUUUUUUCUGUCUCUCCCAUUUUCCUCCAGCUCGGUUUGGGUUGAACCCAAGCGCUAAUGAGAGCACAGGACCAUUUUGCCUUUCGCCUUCUCCUGCACACGCAUCUCCUUUCCCCGGUGUGUGGGGCUCCAGCGUUGUCAUCCAUAAAAACCCAAGGAAACCCAGCUCUGCAGACAAUCCCUGCUGCCUGGGGUUUGCUUUGCAAAAAUGAGGACAACUGAGGUUUGGAAACUCGAUGACAAAACCUUUUCUAGCCAAGGACUUUAUGAUUUCUCGGCUCUCUUCUGUUGUGUAGCCCUUUUUGCUUUCCUGUUUUAAGAACCAAAGGUGCAGAGCAAGAUUGUAGAUCGAAUAUCAUCAUUUCGCUUUUUAACUCGAUAUUUUUUUAUUAUUUUAACUUUUUCAUACUGAAGAGAAUGUGGGGGUCAAAAUAAUAAUUAAUAAUAACGAAUAGCGGGGAGUAAUCACUGCCAUUUCUACUUGGUCUACUUUUUUAAGAUACCACUUCUUAUACACUGGGACGUGGAACUACACUUGAAGGAAGAUUCCUGUAACAUAGAGAGAUGGAGCAUAGCAUUUUGUAAAAAUAAUAAUAAUUAAUAAUAAUAAUAAUGCCUACGGAGUGUGGCUGGGGCAGGGUGGUGUGUAUAUAGCUGUAAAAUACUGUUCUAAAUUAUUUAGACCUAUUGUCACCAUUCUUGAAGUCCUCAGUUGUGUUGCUGGGUCUUUUAUAUGCACACGGUGUGAUUUAUUUAAAGGAACAUACACUUUUCCAGGUUGUAGCUCAGCUGUGGACUCGUGACCUGUGUAUAUGUUUUAAGAACUUGGGAUUUGGGUUUGGUUUGGUUUUUUUUUUUGUUUUUUUUUUUGGUUGGUUUGGGUUUGGAUUUUUUUUUUUAAGAUGACAUUUUAGAAUUUGAAUGGGCUGAUAUCCUGCUGUCGCUACGGGACCUAAACGUUACUGUCAGUCUGCUGUAAAGCACAGAUCGCUCUAUUUAUUGUAGAAAGUGAGUUUAUUUGCUUUCUAGAAUUGUUUAUAUCAGAUGGUAUAAGAGAGGUAAUAAGAAAAUCUAUGCUUGUAAAGAAAAGAAAAUGCUAAUUUUACCUACUAUAACCUGACUGUCUGAGACUAUAUUUUCUCUCUGAGAA